CGGGGCGGUCCUCGGUGGCGGCGGCGCGCGGCCUGGGCUCACGCUGGGCUCCGCGCGCCCCCCGCCCCCCUCUAUGAGGCAGAGGCCGCGGCGGCCGUUAGCGCUGUCGCUCCGGGGACAGCGGCGGGCGGGGCUCCCGCGGGGCCCGGCCUAGUCCCCACCCCAGCCCGGCUCCCAGCCGCCCUCCCUCUCUCCCUCUCCCCGAUGCAGGGGGCCGAGCUCCGGGAUGGCGAGGCGGCGGCGGCGGCGGCCGCUUCGUACCGCGUCCUGAGCCGCCUGCUCGGCUAUGGAGAGGCGGCCCCCGAACCAGGCCCGCCGCCGCCGCCCCCGGGCCAUGGCCCCCAGCCACCACCCUUCCUCGCGCGGCCCGGCCCGCGGGGCUCUCGGCCGCCGCAGCUGAUGGUGUUCCGCAACGUAGGUCGGCCGCCGGAGGAGGAGGACGCAGAGGCAGCCCCAGAGCCGGGAGCCUCGGACCUGCUGUGUCCCCGGCACCGCUGUGCCCUGGACCCCAAGGUCCUGUCUCCGGGAUUGGCGCUCGAGCGAACCUGGGGCCCGGCGGCUGGACUAGAGGCACAGUUGGCGGCUCUGGGGCUCGGGCAGCCGGCAGGGCCGGGAAUCAAGACGGUCAGUGGGGGUUGCUGCCCGUGCCCGUGCCCCCCGCAGCUGCCCCCUCCGCAACCCCAGCCGCCUACUGCCGCCCCGCAGGCCGGGGAGGACCCCACGGAAACGAGCGACGCGCUGCUGGUCCUGGAGGGCUUGGAGUCGGAAGCGGAGAGCCUGGAGACUAACAGCUGCUCGGAAGAAGAGCUCAGCAGCCCGGGCCGCGGAGGAGGAGGGAGCGGCCGGCUUCUGCUGCAGCCCCCAGGCCCCGAAUUACCCCCGGUGCCCUUCCCGAUGCAGGACUUGGUCCCUCCAGGGCGAUUGAGUAGGGGCGACCAACAGCUGCAACCUCCCCGGCCGCCUCCUCCUGAGCCCCUCCGGCCGCUCGCAGGCCCUUCUCGGAAGGGCUCCCUUAAAAUCCGCCUCAGUCGCCUCUUUCGCACGAAGAGCUGCAACGGUGGCUCCGGCGGCGGGGAUGGGGCCGGCAAGAGGCCGUCUGGAGAUCUGGCUGCUUCAGCUGCGAGCUUGACAGACAUGGGAGGUUCUGCGGGCCGGGAGCUGGACGCGGGGAGGAAACCCAGGUUGACACGAACUCAAAGUGCCUUUUCUCCAGUCUCCUUCAGCCCCCUGUUCACAGGUGAAACUGUGUCACUUGUGGAUGUGGACAUCUCUCAGCGGGGCCUGACCUCUCCUCACCCACCAACUCCCCCUCCUCCUCCGAGAAGAAGCCUCAGCCUCCUAGAUGAUAUCAGUGGGACGCUGCCUACAUCUGUCCUUGUGGCUCCGAUGGGGUCUUCCCUGCAGUCUUUCCCCCUACCUCCGCCUCCUCCACCCCAUGCCCCAGAUGCAUUUCCCCGGAUUGCUCCCGUCCGAGCAGCUGAAUCCCUGCACAACCAGCCCCCCCAGCACCUUCAGUGUCCCCUCUACCGGCCUGACUCAAGCAGCUUUGCAGCCAGCCUUCGAGAGCUGGAGAAGUGUGGAUGGUAUUGGGGACCAAUGAAUUGGGAAGAUGCAGAGAUGAAGCUGAAAGGGAAGCCAGAUGGUUCUUUCCUGGUACGCGACAGCUCUGAUCCUCGUUAUAUCCUGAGUCUCAGUUUCCGAUCACAGGGUAUCACCCAUCACACUAGAAUGGAGCACUACAGAGGAACCUUCAGCCUGUGGUGUCAUCCCAAGUUUGAGGAUCGUUGUCAAUCAGUGGUGGAGUUCAUUAAAAGAGCCAUCAUGCACUCCAAGAAUGGGAAGUUUCUCUAUUUCUUGAGAUCCAGAGUACCAGGACUGCCACCAACUCCAGUACAGCUGCUCUAUCCAGUGUCCCGAUUCAGCAAUGUCAAAUCCCUCCAGCACCUUUGCAGAUUCCGCAUCCGACAGCUCGUCCGGAUAGAUCACAUCCCAGACCUCCCACUGCCUAAACCUCUGAUCUCUUAUAUCCGUAAGUUCUACUACUAUGACCCUCAGGAAGAGGCAUACCUGUCUCUAAAGGAAGCGCAGCUCAUUUCCAAGCAGAAGCAGGAGGUGGAACCCUCCACAUAACAAGGGGCCCCUGCUGGUCUCCACCAAGGGCAUUUGGUUGCCAAGCUCCAGUUUUGAAGAACCAAAUGAAGCUACCAUGUGAGGAGAAGUGAGGAAAACCAGAGCGAAUGGGAAGGGUUGGGAACCUCUGUGUGGACUGUGGCUCCCCACAGCCCUGGAGCUUGGAGGAAGCCCACAACUGUACUGUCUGAGGGGAGGCCCCACCUCUCCAUGUCCAGACCUGGGGUGGCCUGGCACUGGAUGAGCUCCUUGGAAAACUGGAAGAAGUCUCAACACUGUUCCUUUUUCAGAAGUUUUGUUUUGGAUGUUUGUACCUUUUGGUAUGGAAAACUCACCUUAAAGGCAGCUGGGGUUGGUGCCCAUUGGACUGGAAGUGGUGCCAAGGGUUGAGCAUGUCCAAAAGAGGGAGGGGAGGGGAGGGGAUUGCCAGCGAUGGUCAUUCAGCUGGCCGCAAAGGCCGAGUGCAAGUCUUCACCACUGACCUGGAGGAAGGGAAGAGGAGGAGUCAGAAUGCAAGUCAGGAGUCUCUGAAGGAUGGGAGUCUGCUGCUCUUCAAGCCCGGGUAGCCUCAGGAGGAGCAGGAAAGAAAGGAGGAAGCAUAGUGUCAGCUGGAAAAUUACUGGACAGAAACUGGUAAAUGGCCUCUGCUGAGGGAAGUAGUGACUCCUUGCAUUCUUUCCUGUUAAGAUUUAGAAACCUGGUUUCAGAAUCACCUCCCAUAGAAGCUGUGUUAGUUUUGUUUUACUGAAUUCCUAAGUUCUGUGACCUCAAGUCUGCCCCACUCUUCCUCCACCCUCAGUCCAUUCCCCUGGAGAUAACUGCAUUUCACUCUGGUCACAAUCUUAAUAAUAUCAUUCCUGUUGCUUCCACCAGCUGUUGAGGCAGUAGUUUUUCUCAUCACCUGAGCAGUUCAGAGCUCCAAUCAUGAGCUGCUAAAGUUAAUGGAGCUUGCUUCCAGAUUCUUAAUGGCAAAGCGUCCCGGUGACUUAGGAGUCAGUGUUACUUAUCUCCUUGUCUGUCAGCUAGUGAGAAGGAAUGUGGAGAAAAGUGGGAAACGAAGCUAUUGUAGUUGUGCUCUUCCUCAAGAAAGCUCUUUAGUGUCUCAGCCUUAAUGGGAUGUCCUUAGAUCGGAGAGGAGAGCAUACGUCUUCUGUGUGUAGGUUUAUCACUGUCAUCCUGUUACCGAGAUGGGAGGCAGCAAGGGCUUUUUUAUUUCCUGUCUUCUUUCUAGCAACCCAAACAUUCUCCUGAGUCAGAUCUUACUUGCCUGCCUUUGGGAAUUCUGUCAGAUGCUGAUUUGAGAGUUGCGCAUCUUCCAUGUUGGAGUAGAAGAGGAGGGAGAACUCCAGUGCAUUUCAAUAGUCUUUCAUUUUUUCUGAAGUGGGCCAUUGUCAAGUCAUAUAACAUGAAUUUGCUUUUCUAUUGAGUUACUGUGGGGAGAGGUUUGCUAUUAAGAUGGAAAAAUUGAACUGUUUAGUCUUUAUUACUCUUUUGCGUUGUGUUCCAUUAGAUUGCCUCUUUUGGUUCCCCGAUGCUUGUAUCGGCCUCAUCUCGAGAUAAAUAAUAUUGUCAGGUUUGAGGUAAGGCCCCAGGGAUUAGGUAAUCUGUAGGACUGCCUCAUCUGGAAGCAUGGGCCUUCUGCCUGAUGUCCUGCAUGGAGGGACCAGUCUUCCUCCGUGUAGCUGAAUAGGGGGGAACUUGCAUUGUUACUUGGCUCUGAAGAGGUGACCCAUAAAAUGAGCUUUAAACACAGCCCACCUCUGAUUUGUCAUGAGGUGCCUCUUCUCUCCUUGGCUUCCAUGGUAGUAUUACCAACCAGUUAGGAUUAUGAUCCCAGAAACUGGCUGAACCUGUGAGUCCUGCCACUUGGGGGUACCAGUUAAAUUGCCAUCUUCCAGAAGGCACCACCUAACUAUGGAGCCCACAGGCUGGAUUCCACUGCGAUCCUUGAGUGGCUGAGUGCAGCUACCUGGAAUCUUUUUUUUAAACCAUUUCAGCCACCCAUAAUUUUAAAAUUAUUUUUUAGUGUAUGUUUGCCUGAUUCUGGUUAAAGACUAUGGGAAACAGGAGGUGAAAGACAUGCUAUCUGGCCUAAGGGAGCUUUUUGGUUAUUGCUGCCUGUGAAGCAAUUGGAGAGUGACUCAGUGUGACAGAGAGAAUCAAGGGCUGUCUUUAAGAUGAGGGUAGACCAAAUGGUCUAGGAAAGCUCUGUGGUGGUGAGGCUUUGGGUUGUAGGCGAGGGUAGGACAGUGAGAUGGAAAACAUGGAAGCAGAAAUCUGUAUGGCAUGUACUGAAUGGUGCACAGCCCCCAGGUUAGCGUGGGCCCAUUAGAGCAGGACUAAACUGAAACUUCCUGGUCAUUACACACGUCUGGAUACUGAGGUGUUAUAAUGGUGAAGUGGAGCCCAAGCCCAGAAGUCAGCUGGGUUUCUGCCAUGGCUAGAGCCCCACUGCUCUAGUGCAGCCUGGGUAGGGGAGGCAGAGGCCCCUGUGGUUCAGGGGUUUGCAUUGGAGAAGUUGUGUACUUGGCACAAAAUCAGACUGGCUGUGAGGCGGCAUGAACCAGCCCACUGCCGUCCUUCCUCCUGGGGAGGAUGUGUUUACCUGUGAUCUGCCAGCAUGAAUCACAGGCUGGGCUGUAGCCCGGUCCUCCCUCUGUAGAGUGGGCCACAAGACAGUUGCACAAAGGAGACAGGCCCCACUGAGUGAUGAGGAGGGGGGAGGGGCAGCUGGCAGAGGGCCCACCCUGGUCAGAGAGCAGAGAGAGGUUGCUGGGGCAGCUGGGCCAUGCUCAGCACUUGCCCUUCAUCUCCCCUGGCUGGGCCCACUCCUGCCUUUGUGAUUCCAUGCAGUGCUAAUUAAAGUGCAUUCUAUACUGAGGGGACUCCUUUUUAAAAGGUUGUUGCAUUUUAAAAUCACAAACUGGAAAAGGUUCUCACUUCUAGGGACCCAUCAUUGGGUGAUGUCAGCACCCUCAGGUCCUGCCCAUAUAACCCCCAGUUUACUACUGCAUUACUGUGACCUUUCUCAGGACAGGCGUGGACCACUGUGAGCUAGUGACAGCUACUGCUACAUGUGCUAUUACUUGAAAUUUGUGUGUGUUGUGGUGGGAGCACAGGAGGGUGGGGGCUUUGGGGACUCUAGAUAAGUAGGUGACACCUGGGAGUUGGGACCACUGCUGAUGACCUUGGUCUGGUCGCCUGCCUGGGCCUAGAUGUAGUGAAUGUAAGCCCCUGGAAUGUGAGCCAAGGGUUGCAGUCCCAGCCUCCUGAGAGUGCUAUGGUUUCUGCUCUUCCUCCUUUCCGACUUCACUGGGGCUGAUUGUAUUGGCCCCUUAAUAAGGUUGGGAGUAAUGCAGAUAGCUGCAAACCCCCACAGCACACGUCCGGGGAGGGUGAUUAGUGUUCGCAGUUCCUGGUGUGAGAGACUAGAGCUGGAUGUCCCGGAGAGGCAGCCUUUUCAGCCCUCACCCCGGGGCCCCAGAAGAGCAUGGCCUGCUUGAAGCCCUGGGGUCCCAGCAGGAAAUAGGGAUAGAAUGAAAUUUUCCCUUAGGUUAGAUCCUGCCCUGCUCUGCCACUUCUCCCUUGGCUUUGAGCCCUGAGGUUGUAGGACUGGGCCCUGGGAUAUAGCUCUGUGGCUGCAGGAAGGUCUGAGAGUGGAAGAGUGUGUGUGUGCGUGCGUGUGUGUGUGUGCACGCGCAUGAGUGUCUGUGCGUGACUUCAUUUGCAGAAGUCUUGCUACCAGUUGGGGUGUUGAGAGUAUCUCCACUGGGGGGAGACCUGCGAUUUGUUUUCCACUUUUAAGAGAAUGACAUGCCCCCUGUCCCUAAGGGAGGAGCUUUUGAGUUAGACAUUUUCCCUAUGGGAAUCCUCUUGGUUUGAUCUGUGGGAAAGGGGGAAUGGAUAAAUGAUUUUUAUCUCUAAUUGUCAACAUAGCUGUUCUUACACUGAAUUUGUGCUAUUGCAUACAUGUAGCCAUCUUUCUUUUCACUGCAGCAGUGUUUAUCAGUAGUUUAAAAUGAUUUAUUUGCUCCUGGGGAGUAAAACCUUUUUUAUUAAAAAAAGAAAAAGAAAAAAAAAAAGAAAAAGUGUGACCCCUUCCCCCUGUUGAUAAGCUGUAGGCUCAUUGGGCCACAAAGCUCAAGAAGGCAAAGUCAGGUCUGCCAGUCCCCAUGAUCUACCCUGUGUUGACACUGGAGCCUUCAUGCUCAGCACAAAACAACAGGAGGCCUUGAGAAGGUGGAGAGCAAAGUCUUGGGAUGAGUGAGAUAGGGGUUGAACCAUAGAGACAGAGUCCUUGGGGAUUCAGGUGCUGCAGUUGCAAAAACAAGAGUUAUGGAUUGUAUUAAAAUAUUGAUUAUCUAAUCUGCUAGGGGAAAGACCUUUCUUUACAUGCAGAUUCCGUAUUGUCUUGGUCCUUUUCAUCACUUCUUGACUGUCCUGGUAGGUGCUGCCUUGUUUCUUCCAGUUUCCCAACCCGUCCUCUCUACCCCUCUUUCCAACCUUUCCCACUCCCAGCUACCCCCCGGGAAGCCAGUUCUGCAUGCCAAGUCUGUGACAUGCCUUCACACCCAUUUCAUCUCAUUCAGAGGGUAUCUGGAGCUGCCCACCCCACUCCUUCCUCAGUGUCAAGAGGCAUCAAGGGGCAGGCGCAAAGCAGCCAGCCGUGGCAGGAAGACAUGACUGUCUGGUUGCAGCUGGACUGCAAUCGUAGUUGCUCCUGGAGAUACAGCAUAAGGAAAACGGAGGACAUUCUUGAUCAGAACCCAAGAUAAUCACAAACCACACAGCCCCACUCAGAGCUACAUCCCGAGCCCCCUACCCAGCUCAGGUGGAGCAGGAAGGCUGGUGUGCCUACUCCAUCCUUGGUGCUCCCUUGAACAGGGACCUGCCCCUCACUGUUAGGCCCAGAAUCUUUCCCCAGGAACAAGCAUAAUCCUGGCACUGCUCUGAGGGCAAGCUGAUUGUUGAAAUGCCCGAACUGGUGCUGCCCAUGGUGGCACAGCCACUACUGUACAUUUUUUGGUUGUUUUUGGGAAUCUGAAUGAAGAGGAGUGCCAUUCUGGGCUCAGGUGGUUGCCAGUUCUUCACCAGGAGGGGAGCCACACCCCCUGCAACCACUUCUGUCCUCUUAGCCACCCCGCCCUCUUCCAAGCCAAAGCAUGGCCUGGUUUUUGUCUUCCCAUUUAGUUUUCCUCCUUUCCUCUCCUUUUUUGUGCUUAAUUUAUUAAAAUAGUUGCUGUAUAAUUUAUUUUCAUAAACUAUAAAAAAUACUAAAUGGUUAAAAUAGACUUGCAGGCCAAUCUUAAAUGGGGUGGGAGGGCCUUGGGGUGGGAGGAGAAGGGAAAGAUGUUUUGAUAUAAACAAAAUAAAUGCACUUUGGGUGUGUUUUGGUAUUUUUCUGGGGACAGAUGGGUGGGUAUUGGGAUGUCCCUGUAGAUUAGUUCCAGAAUGGGGUGUCUGUAUAUACUGUAUUAAUAGGCAUGUUUGACUCUUGUAAAGGGACAUUAGUAGCUGCUGCAGGUCCUGUUUGGAAAUCCCAUGUACAAUUCCUGGUUUUUGUAAGUGUCAGUGCGGGAGACAUUUGACUCUUGUGUUUGUAUCUCCUUUUUAUGAUUGCUGUACUGACCCAUGUCUUUUUGGGGAGGGGUGAAAAGAGAUUUGAAAUAAAAAUGUUUAGAAGUUA